UUCAAUAUGCUCUGAAUUUUCCAACAAAGCUGGACAGAGCAAAGUUUCUGGAUCAACACAAAGAAUGGUAGAUUCGUCAGAAGAGAAAAAAUCAGGCUGCGGCUUGCUUAAUGUGGUGUUUGGGCGAAGCACGUUUUGGCUCAGGAGGAGCACGUCGACCGGGUCCAUCCCCACGCCAAAUAGCGACGGCAGCAGCACUGUCAAGACCCCCACCACUCCCAAUUCUCAAGGACAGCGAGGCAGCAGUGACGAGACAGCAUUCCUCGACUUGUGUAACAAUGGAUCGGAAAGGCAUCUGAAACCCAUCUCCGGACCUUCCCCUAAGACCCAUGGAAUGUAUCCUCAAAGUCAAAUCCACCCUGGAACUAGAGUUCCAGGUGGGCCCAUCGCGAACAUGCCGUCCGACCAACGUCAUGUAAACCAAGGCAGGAGAGUCCCUAGAGAAUCGAUCGGGAUAUCUGGCGAGCUGGAGAGCAUGAUAGCCGAUCAUCAGAAAUCGAGAGGAAGAGGCACGUUCGUCCGGGCCUCGUCGAGCAAUGUCAUGCUUUUUGGCAAUCUGGGCAAUUUGAGGCAACCUGGAACAAGUCAUGCUAGCCCAAAUGAUGACAUGUUCAACCAUCUUCCUAGACCUACUGCUAGAGAAGAAACUGCGGUGCCUACAGAAAGACAUACGUCCACAAGAACCGCUAGCAAAGAACCACCAUCUUCCUUCUGCCGCGCACUUUCGACAAGAAUGGACCCUGAGACGCUGAAAAUCCUGGGCAACGAAGAUUACAAGAGCGGGAGAUUCACAGAAGCGUUGGCUCUGUACGAUGCGGCAAUCUCAAUCGAUCCAAAUAAGGCUUCAUACAGGAGCAACAAGAGUGCGGCUUUGACCGCAUUGGGGAGGCUUCUUGAAGCCAUCAUCGAGUGUAGAGAAGCCAUUCGAAUCGAGCCUCAUUAUCACAGAGCUCAUAAUCGUGCGGCAACACUAUAUCUCAGGCUAGGGGAGGCAGAAAAGGCAAUGUAUCACUACAAACAUGCGGGACCUGAAGCUGAUCCUGAGGUCAUUGCCAAAGCUAGAGCUGUUCAAACCCAUCUAAACAAAUGCACAGAGGCUCAGAGGCUACGGGAUUGGAACAGCUUGAUCAGAGAAAGCGGGCGAGCCAUAUCUGCAGGUGCCGAUUCAGCUCCACAGAUCUUCUCAUUGCAAGCGGAGGCAUUCUUGAAGCUGAACCGGCAUCAGGAGGCAGACGAAGUAUUGAUCAACGGUCCAAACUUUGAAGUCGACGAUUGCACGAAAUUCCUUGGGCCCAUCGGCAGCUCGUAUUUGUUGAUGAUCAGAGCUCAGGUCGACAUGGCUGCAGGCAGAUUCGAUGAUGCCUUGGAGGCAGCUCAACGUGCAGCUCGACUCGAUUCAAACAACAAGGAGGCGAACAUGGUGAUGAUGAGGGCUCGAGCAGUAGCCGCAGCUCGAUCACGAGGCAACGAAUUGUUCAGGGCCUCGAGGUUCACGGAGGCUUGUUCAGCGUAUGCAGGGGGCCUUGAGCAUGAUCGUUUCAACUCGGUAUUAUUGUGCAAUCGAGCUGCUUGCUGGUCCAAGCUAGGCGAGCUUGAGAAAGCGAUCGAGGAUUGUACAGCUGCUCUCAGCGUACGACCAUCUUAUAGCAAAGCCAGACUCAGAAGAGCCGAUUGUCAUGCCAAGCUACGAAGUUGGGAGGCUUCGGUCAGAGACUACGAGGUUUUGAAUAAAGAGACGCCAGAUGAUGAAGAGGUGAGCCGUGCGCUAUCAGAAGCCCAAUCACAACUCGACAGACAACGUGGUGACGCUGAUUGA